GCGUUGUUCAGUGUCGACCUUGGAAGAGCUCCAUGAUCUACCGUAGUGACUAGCGGCGAGAAAGAACCGAUCGCUUGAUGUCCGUGCACACCUCGGGCGAAAUUGGAGACGUUCAGUGAAAAAAUUAGCGCUUCAACUUGUUCCAGUAAGGAGAAAGCGGGUCUAAAGAAGAAGAAGAAGAAGAAUAUGAUGACACCAAAAUCGUGAAAUCGCGUAAGAGCGAAUUCUCGCGUGGACGACUGAAGGCACUGUGCCAUGCCAAUGAGGAGAUACAGAGACUGGAGUCAGAGCUAGAGACUGCCAGGAGACACGCCCACUCUGCCGUGGAGACACAUGCUGCUGGCCCUCAUUUAGCACUGGGGAAUGAAGGGGUCGCCCCCAAUAAGGUGGCCAGUCCAGGCUCCAUAUCUGAAUCUGACUCUGUGAGAUCGGGACAGUGUAGCACGAAGCAAGACCAUAGUGGUCUGGAACAGAACUGCAAUGAAAUUGAACUCCAACAGAAGCACAAUUGUCUCGAGCCACAGCACCACAAUGGUCAGGAACUUAACCACAGUGGUCUUGACAUUGGUCUAGAACCGAACCUUAAUGGUACGGAAUUGAACAUCAGUGGUCUGGAACUCAGCGAGAGUAAAAGUCAUAAUGUCCUGGAACGAAGCUGCAAAGGUCUGGAGCAGAAGAAGGAGGGGGUUGGUCAGGAGGAGAGGGAGAUAGAGAGACUGCGACAGGCUCUGAGGGAGAGUGACACGGAGUGCGGCCGACUUGCCCAACAGGUGGCCGACCUUCAGAGAGAGUUUGACAGCGAGGACCCUGCUCUCUUCUCUACUACCCCCCUUAUUAACACUGCUAAUUGCUGUCAGCCUCAUCUCGACACAGAGAAGUCUAGUUUCUCUCUAACUCCUCCAUCUCCUAGCAGACAACCCACUGCCAUUGCAGAUGUCUCUUCAAUUGUUCUCCUCCCUCCCCUCCCUCCUCACACCCUCCCUCCUCCCCCUCUCCACUGCAACGCUCCCUGCUCAAGUACACCAGCCGAUAUCAACCAUCACAGUACGGUAAUCAGGACCAACAUACCUGCUGUACUCACUGGGGGUGAGAAUUCGGGGCAACAGGCUCUGAAAUUGGGACAAGAGAGGGUUGUAUCUGGGCAAGAGGGCAAGAAUCCAGGACAGGACAGUGUGAAAUUGAGACACUCUGGUGACAAUUUGGGACAAAACAAUCGGAAAUCAGGACAAGAAGAGGUACAGGGACACCCUACGGGGGGCUCUGAAUCGGUGGGAAGUAGCUAUGUGUACGGGACUCCAAACUACUCGGGCAUAGACAGCGGCGAAGAAGCUGAAUGUCUGAAAGAAGUUCUGGAGCAGCUGGAGCGUGAGAGGCGGGACCUGAUGCUGGGGAACAGGGAGAUAUCCCGAGAGCUGAACAAACUCGACGCCACCAACACAAAGACAGUGUCGACGCUGCGUAAGCUGGCCCGAGAUAACAGCAUGCUCCGACACGACCUGGCAGCCGUGCGGGAGAGGGAAGACAGCUCGAGGAGGAAGGUGGAGCGAAGUGAGGGGAGAGUUGAGUGCCUCACUAACAAGGUGGCCGUGUUGAAACAGGCCCUCCAGCAGGCAUCGGUUGCGUCAAGUCUGAACACCAGUCUUCAACAGGAGGUGGCUAGACUGACUGAGGAUAACCUGAGUCUCCUGGAGACUUUGGAAGAUGUGAGAAAAGCAGAACGCAGUGGGUACCGAACCCCCAUGUCUCCACGACGACGAAACACUCCCUGUGGAGCUGAUUCCCCUCAGAGGAAAUCCACCAUCUCCUCUGCCAAGAGACUCGUUUCAUUCUCAAACCACGCCCCCUCGUUAUCGUCACGGCAACCCGGAUGGUCACGCCCCCAACAGUCAAAACUGGUGAAGGAGCUGGUCCUGGAGUUGAGUCCAGAGGGGGUGUCGGUGGAAAACCCCUGUCUCCCGGCUCACAUGAUCCACGUGGGUCUCCGCUACUGUCGUCAUGUGACAGGGAGCUGUGGAGUUGCCAUGGGGUUCCUGGAUGAAGUGGCCUCUGCCAUACAACAAGUCGUGCAGACUGGGUCCUCCCAGUUUUCAAUCCUGUCAUUCUGGUUAUCCAACGUCGUCCACCUCCUGGGCCUCCUUCACAAAACCAGUCAAACCGGUAUGAAACCGGGUCCGCAGGCCGUCGUGACCUCUGACCUCUCGGCUCGUGUCGACAAGUUGGAGGUAGUUGGUCAGGCGACGUACAGAGACCUGCUCCAACUCAUCCACAACAAGAUACAGCCUCUGAUUGUUCCCGGUGUCCUGGAAUGUGACUCGAUCCCCAACAUUUCCACCGUUCGCCCCAUACUCGGUUGCCACGCCGGGUCCCACAACCCAAACAUCACCGUGACGACCAUCACCAGGGAGCUGUCGGCCAUCUUGGAAGUGCUACAGGCACACCGUCUGCCGUGCGAAAUAGUCACCGCCGUCACGAAGCAGAUAUUCUACACCAUCCAUGCUUUCCUACUCAACAACUUGUUGCUGAGGAGGGACAUGUGCCACUGGUCAAAAGGAAUUCAGAUACGCUACAACCUGAGUCAGCUGGAAGACUGGGCAAGAGCCAACAGACUGGGAGGAGCAGAAGUGCUGAGUCAGCUACUACCCUCCGUGGAAGCCGCCAAACUGCUCCAGAUGAAAAAGAGCACAGCCAAGGAUGCUGAAUCCAUCUGUGAACUUUGCACUCACCUUAAUCCCCUACAAGUCCAAAAACUCCUCACAAUGUACUCGCCAGCAAACGAAUUUGAAGAGCGUGUCCCGGCCUCCAUCAUACGACUGGUGGCCCAGAAGAACGGAGCUGACCUAACUGACCCUGCUCACCUAAUGGCCAGCAUAGACCGCGUCUUCCCCGUGACUUUCCCACACUCUCCCUCCUCUGACAUCAGCUCUCGGGGCAUCUCUCUCCCGCCAUCUCUAAACCAUCUGGACUACCUCCUUUCUUGCCAUUGUUGAUCCUGAUACAGAAUCUAUGAUACAUCCGGCGAUACAUUGGACUUUAAAUAAUUCUUCAUUCUGUGACAUUCUGCACUUCGUGUUGAAUACCAAACGUACCAUUGUGUGUCAAUGUGUCAAUAAUACAUGUGGAUCUUUGUGUGGAUCGUGUCAAAUUCUGCACUGUUCUGUUGUAAUGUUCACAUUAUGUAAUUAUUAUACGUUUGGCUAGUAUAAUAAUUGUUAUGAACACUAUGAAUUCUCCCAAAUUGAUCACAGCCAUAAAGAAUAACGUUACUGGAAAGCUAGAGUGCUGAUGAUGAUUAAUAACUAUAAUAAAGAGGGGUCACUCGGGUAUAGAUUCAUCUGGCAUGAGCCAUCCGACUCGGUUCCUGUUGGUUUCGGCAAAAAUGAGAGGAGCCUUCUCAACCUCCUUGCCUUGAUGUGUUUCUCUGGUGGCACCACCAGCUGAUGGCUUGGCCGGAUGGUUCUGCUGACUGCUGGUUGAGGGGUCUUUACCAGGAACAGAAUGAGGCCGGACAUGACUGCUGCUGUGUUUAUUCUUCACUUUCUGUAUGACGGCAGCAUCACUGUCGUCUUUUUCCUUCCUAGCAUCUUCAAAGUUUGGCAGCAGAUCGCUUUCCUCCGGUCCGGCAACGUCCACGACGUCACCUGCAGCGAAGGGCGAGGAGUCACCGCGCCUUCUGACGACGUGUAAGUAUCUACCUUCAGAAGCAAUACAAAGAGAAACUGUGACCAGUAACCACGCGAAUAGAGUCGACCACAUCCCAGCAAAUUGUUCUCCGCGGUCUGUGGUGGGUCGAGACUAAAACUAUACUUGCA